AUGGCUAGCCCCCCUCCGACGCCAAACAACACUUCCCGCCCUCAAUCUUCUGGGGCUCCUACAGCGCCCAUCCCUCCACCCGUACCAGUCGAAACCCAUCCAAAUCGAGCGGGUUUAAAGCCUCGUCCGCCUCUACGCCCUCCGCCAGACCCGAAUCGGCUUGCCCCCGAAGAUGCAUACUUUGCUCACUCCCCGCCGCGCUUGCGGCCGCUCAAUGUCCCCAAUAACCACCCGACCACCAACCCUGAUUUACUCAAUCGAGUUAUCGCAACACCUGCGGCGGUAGCAGCGCUAAGGCCCCCCCCUGCAGUACCUGGAACAGAGCCGAAAGUUGUUAGAGAGCUAAGGAGGGACCGUGGGCGGAGUCGGCGGAGAAAACGACAAUGGAAGAAAUUGCUAUGGGUGAAGCAAUCUUUCCCGGAUAAUUACACAGAUACUGAAACCUUUCUCGACCAUUUGCAAAGGAAUCCCAGAUUACGGCCCUACGACUUCUGGCCACUCGUGGCCGAUUUUACCGUUAUUGUACAACACGUCUGUUCCGUCAUUAUUUUCCUUUGCUGCUUCGUCGCGAUUUUCCAAGAAAGAGUCAGCCCGGUCUCGGUAGUCACAUGGGCGACUCUAUGUACUAUUUUCUGCUGGGGUCUCUGGAAUUACUGGGAAGGAAAGGUUCAAAUGGAAGCUGUCCGCUUCGCGCAUGCUGCUGUUUCCGAUUCAGUGGACGAUGGGUCAAGCUCUAUCUCUUCCACGGGCGAAGAUUCCAAGAGAAAGUCCAUUGAUCACGGACUUGGACUAUCGCUGGGCUUGUCUAGUAUAGGAUGCCCACUAAGCCGGCAAAGCAGCAUGUCAAGCGCAAUUUCCGACAACACCUCAGCGACUUCCUUGCACUCAGCACGAUCUCCUGCUUCGCCAUGGUCCCCUUCCAUAAGCAACUCCAAUGGAUUUGUCAAGUUCUCCGACGUGAUAUCUCAGUCUGGCCUUUCCCCCAUCCUUCAAUCUCUCACAAAAUCCACCACAAGUGACUCGAUCUGGGCCAAUGUCCUGUGGCUCAUGGCUAAUCAACAUCUUCUCUUUGACUACAGCAGCGGCUGUGAAGAAAAUCAACAUAUCAGCAACAAUACUGCGGCAGGCGCAGGCGCCGUAGCUGCUAAAUUCCCCGCCUCUCUCUCGACCAACGCAGCUUUAAUGGCGUCCACCGUUCUCGCCUCUCGGCUCAAAUCCACAACCCACGUGUUCAGCCUUACUCUUUUCUCCAUAGAGGUAUUUGGUCUUUUUCCAAUAUUUCGUCGACAUCUUCGCGCAAUUUCUUGGCGUGGACAUGUCAUACUUACAAUGUUCCUCGUCAUCUCCGCCUCAGCGGGAGUGGGGGUUACGCUGAAGGGUGGUUAUAAGGGGCCCAUCUUAGGUAUAUUCAUCGGCGCCCCUUCGACAGCGUUGGCCAUGGGUGGCUGUAGUUGGUGGUUGAUUCGGUUGCAGAAGUAUAAGAACGUUGUCGCUGGUCCGUGGGAUCAAGCAAAGCCGAUUUUAAGAAGGCAGUGGGAUUGA